GUAAAAAAUGUUGUAAAUCUGGUCUCUCUCUCCUUCUCCCAUCUUCCCCUGAAUCUUGAUAUUUUCCUUAAUCUCUCCAAAACCCAAAAACAUAAUCAUUUGAUUCCUAUAUUUUUUUCUACCAAAAUUUUCAAAUCACCCCAUUUUUAAGAGCUGUUUGAUUCAUUGAUCUGGUGUUCUUGAUUUGAUCACACCACUUUAUAGAUUGAUAAAGGAAUGUAGCAUUUUGAUCAUUAUAAAGAAUUGGGUUUUGAGCUUAAUACUUGGCGGCAAGAAGCAAGGGAGUGGGAGCUUAGCACGGGGUGGGACACUUUAUUCUUUACUGAAAUUUUAAGUUUCUGAUGCUUUGCUUUUGUGCAGAUAUUUAAAAGUGAUCACUUUCCUUUUAGGACUGAAUUUGAACUCGAAGAAGUAACUUCAGUGACUGGAGGGAAGUUGUAGUUCAUGGUGCUUUGCAAGUCCACUUUGAAUAUUUUUCCGCGACUCCUCAUCUCCUGAUAGAACUUUUACCGCUGAGACUUCUUUCUUCUUUACUUUAGCUAUUUCCUUCUGUAGUCGACCCCUGCCUUUGAAGUUUUUUUCCGAGGGCCUAUACCUGCUCAUUCUUUACUUUUCUUUAUUUCGCGGCAUAAAUAAGUAGUUACGAUGUUCUAGCUUCCCAUUUUAUGUGGUGAAGAAGAUGGCACACAAUUCCGAGGAAGAAAAAAAAGAGGACUACCUUUUCAAAAUUGUAUUGAUUGGUGAUUCUGCAGUUGGUAAAUCGAAUUUGCUUGCUAGAUUCGCUAGAGAUGAAUUCUAUCCAAACUCAAAAUCGACAAUUGGAGUAGAAUUUCAGACUCAAAAGAUAAACAUAAAUGGAAAGGAGGUCAAAGCGCAGAUAUGGGAUACGGCUGGUCAAGAACGAUUUAGAGCAGUUACUUCUGCAUAUUACAGAGGUGCAGUUGGAGCUCUUCUGGUUUAUGAUAUUAGUAGGCGCCUGACUUUCGAAAACAUUGGUCGAUGGCUUAACGAGCUUCAGACUCAUUCGGACAUGAAUGUGGUUAUAAUACUCGUUGGCAACAAGUCUGAUCUCAAAGACGCCAGGGAAGUUACAACAGCUGAAGGCAAAGCAUUGGCAGAGGCGAAAGGUCUAUUUUUCAUCGAAACUUCAGCUUUGGAUUCAUCGAAUGUAACUUCUGCUUUCCAGACAGUUGUUAGGGAGAUCUAUAAUAUUCUGAGCAGGAAAGUUAUUCAAUCUCAAGAGCUCCAGAAAAAGGACUCGGGCCGACUAGCAAAUGGUAAGUCUGUGGUUUUGCAGGCUGAUGAUGGAAAUCAAGAAACAGUUGCAGAAACAAAGAAAGGUGGAUGUUGUUCAUCGUAAGUAAAAUAAUCUAUAUGGAGUCGUCUUCAAUGUGGGACUUCUUGGCGUGAAUUCAGAUUUACUCUGGCCUCAAUACAGGUACUGGACACCGAGUGAGAGGUAAAAAAAAGAAAGUAAACAAUUCCUAUUUUUAGUCCUAAGACAUGUCAAUAUCACUUCUCCCAUGAUGUAAUUCAGUUUCUGUUGGUUGAAGAAGAAGUUUACAGGACAAACUUUUUCUUUAGAAAAUGUAAAUGAUCUCAAGGGGAGAAGAACAUUUUUUUUUACUGUUUUUGGAGUUUCUA